AUGAGCUCUAACACCCGAGCAAUCAUGGCGGCGGUGGAAGAAGAACCCAGCAUAAGCCAAAUCUGGCAAGUUCUAAUUAAGAUACAAGCUGACGUUACGAAGAUUUUAAGUCACAAUCAGGAACUAAGAAAAGACGUCGAAAGUUUGAAGACCUCGAUGCAAUUUCAUGCUACAGAAGUAGAUGCACUCAAGACGCAAAAUGGGAAACUAGUUCAAUCAAACUGUGCUUUACAAAGUGAACUAAAUGAGCUAGGAAGGAGAGUGCAGGCCCUCGAAUAUAAGCACAAUGCUCUAGAGCAAUACACGCGUAAAUUUAACGUCGAAAUUCACGGCGUUCCGGAAUACGAAGGUGAAAACCUGCAGGACAUUGUUAUGAAAAUAGGCCUAAAGAUGUCGGUAGAUGUAACAACCCAAGAUAUCGACAUUGUACAUCGAUUGUUCCGAAAGUCGUAA